AUGGUUCAUCUGAUGACAAGCGCCAUGCUCGAUCCUUUCCACGCCGCAUCCUGCCAGUUGGUGGCUGCAUGUAUGUCGACCGAGAGCGAUUCGGCUGAUCACAGUGCAUGCUCAAGCCAAUUCUCCGUUUCGAGAUUAUCAUACACCUUGAUUAUGGCUCAAUCUGGAAUCCCACCACCACAGGCCAUACAUCACGAGCUGAGGACGGCAGAGAAUAGCGCAGGCUAUCUACUUCCUACACUUGCAGAGCUCCACAAGGCCAACCCAAGGCUGAGACUCCUAGAUGUUGGUGCUGGCUCCGGCACCAUCUCCGCCACGCUGGCUAAGGCAAUCCAGCCCGACGGACAUGUCACAGCCACCGAUAUAAAGGCGGAUAUCCUGCCACGUGCCAAAGCCGUUGCCGACUUGGCCGGGAUUACCAACAUUGAUUACCAAGAGGCUGAUGUGCUCAGCCGUCUGCCCUUCGAAGACUCGACAUUCGACGUGACUCAUUGCCACCAGGUACUCGUCCACCUCCCGCGGCCCGCUGAUGCAAUCCGCGAGAUGCUGCGUGUUACCAAGCCGGGAGGCAUUGUAGCGGCGCGGGAGGGCGACCUGGAGACCGAGUGUGUGUGGCCUGAUCUUCCUGGUCUGGCCAAGUUUCACACACUCACGGCUGCCGUUAUCAGCAUGGCUGGAGGAAGUCCUAAGGCGGGCCGACAGCUGUUAUCAUGGGCGCUACAGGCUGGAGUUCCCCGAGACCAGGUGACGCCGGGAUUAGGGUCUUGGUGUUACUCGGAGCCCCAAGAGAGGAAGGUCUGGGCUCAGGGCAUGGUUGACGCGCUGCAAAAGGGGCGGCUCCGCAGUGUUGGGCUCAGUUCCAAGCUCGCUACCGAGGACGAUCUGCAGGAAAUGGCGGCUGCGUGGGAGGAAUGGGCUAGUGCUGAUGGUGCCAUCCUGGGGAUGAUGCAAGGCGAGAUCCUUGUCCGAAAAGUAUAG